AUGUCUGUGUUGAGAGAAGCAAGUCUUCUUCAGUCAUUUUCGAAUCAAGUGAGUAUUCACACAUACGACACAUGUCCGUCGUUACUGAAACACCCCUUCAAAGUGUUAGCGUACAUAUGUGUAACACAAUUUACAUUGGGCCUUUUGUCACCAUUUUUGAUGUGUAUGUUUUCUGUUCUUGUCAUGUUGGUGUUCUUUUUCAGACACCAUCUGUCGAGGUUUUACUUCUUGGUGCCGACAAUUCCAAACACCGAUAUGUCUUCAAAAAUUAUGAGUGUUGACCCACCAAAGACUAAAAUCACUGUUAUACUACAUAAUGAUAUCGACGCUAAUGACAACACAAAGUACUUCAUCUGCAGUUUGUCGGCUCAAUGUGUGUUUCUUGUUCUGUCCAUUAUUCAGUGGGUCUGCUACACCAUGUGUUUUGUUGCGGGGCACUAUAUAUCGUUUUAUGUGAUCAGUGCAAUUUACUGUGUAUUGGGAAUUGUUGCGGGAGUGUUGCAUAGUAAGUUCAGGAAGUUAGAGUUUGGAAAGCCGCAAAGUCUUGAACUUAUCGAGGAGUUGAAAAGUGAAUUAAAAGGCAUCGAGCUGAUCACCACAGAGGUUAAUCUCUUCGUGACAAACUGCUAUUACACACACGAGUUUUUCAGUUACUUCUUAGAAAAUGUUACAAUUGGGGAAGGGAAAUACUUCAUCGUGGUGGACUCUGUGGGAGAAGUUUUGAAUUUGGCGGAGUCUUCUCGCAGAUUUAAAACGAACAAAGAGAUGAAUGAUGUUAUACUAGAUGCUGGGGAAACAGAGGGAGUGCCUAUAUUCCGUCAGUCUACACAAUCACCUGCAGCGUCAUUGUUAUUCAACAACUAUAAAACGUCUAUCAUCUCUUCAAGAGAUCAAAGUUCGUGUUGUUCUGAGCCACAAAGUGCUGUGAAGUGUGUCGCGCAUGUGAUAAAAAGAGUCAUCAAGCAGGUGGACAGUAUCGGGAUGAAUUGA